AGGAAAAAUGGCUUCUCCCAGCGAGAACUGUCAUCGUAAGAUGAAUAGAAUGAAGAACGAGUUGUAAAAAAAGGCUAUGAAUACGCCAGAACGGUGGUCCACUGCCUCUUCGGACAGUGAUUUGUCCUCGAUAUUCGGCUCAGAAGGCAGAUGGGAAGGACUGAGAGCUAGAGACUUUCUAGACCUGUUACAACAAAGAAUUGCAAUUUUUUACGGUGGUCGUGAUCGACGAGGAGGCCCCAUUAUAACAUUUCCGGCGCGAUCUAGGGCAGCAGAAAUCGAACGCCGUUCUUUGGCUCGAGUUCUCGCAUAUCUCGCUAGUUUACCGAGUGAUCAUGAAAGGGAGCUUGGUUUCAGCCUUGUGCUGGACAUGCGAGGAUGCACAUGGCCUUCUGUUAAGCCUAUGCUAAAAGCUUUACAGGAGUGUUUUAUCGCCAAGAUUCAUACUGUUUACCUACUGAAACCAGACGGAUUUUGGGAACGAAGCAGACUGUCAUUUGGAAGUUCAAAAUUAUUAUUUGAGACUGCCCUGACAUCGCUGGAGGGUCUCACAAAAUUUAUCGACCUCGAUCAGCUAACUUCAGAUCUGGGAGGUACCUUUAAGUAUGAUCAUUCCAAGUGGAUCAACAUGCGAAUGGCACUGGAAAAAUUUCUGUACGAGGCCUCAUCGUUAUUAGCCAAGUUAGAAGAAAUUCAAGAUGGUUUAGACAAGGAAGAUUUUUCUGAUACUCUUGAGGGUCUCAAAGAUCAAAUUAAACAUAAUCAACAUGUGAAAAAAUGGAUUAUCAAAGCACCUGUGGAACUAUUACAACAAGAGGGGGAAAAAAUUCGCAGCACAAUAAAAAAUCCAAGCUAUGAAGAUUCUGAAGAUAGUUUAACAGAGGAUGAUGUGAAGAAAGCAGAGUUACAGAUACAAGAGUUAGUGGAAGGCCUGCAUACCAAGAGGCAAAAGUUGAGGGAAUUAUGGAACUUGCGGAAGUUGAGAUUGGAUCAGUGCUUCCAGUACCGUGUCUUCCAACAAGAUGCUGAAAAGAUGCUGGUAUGGAUAAGGGAGAAUCAUCAGGAGUUUUUACUGAAUUAUGCCGAAAUUGGAAAUGAUACAACCUCUGCAGACGAACUUCAAGAGGAGCAUCGAAAUUUCCAGGCCAGUUGUAUGAGUGUUUAUAACAACAUCAGCCGUGUGCUAGAAGUGGCCGACCAACUGAGUGAGGCUGUACACUAUGAAUCUGACCGAAUCGAAGCUCUAGCACAGGCUGUCAGUUGCGAGUGGAAAUCAUUUGAUAUGAACAUUAAUCAGCGGAGUUGUUUACUAGCAUGUUCAGUUGCAUAUCACAAACACAGCGAAGAGUUUCUUCACAAUGUAAAACUCUGGCAAGAAAAGCUGCAAAAUGAUGAAUACCUGGAUGUCAAGGAAGUUGUUGGAGUGGAAAACUUAUUAACAGAUCUAAAUGAUUUACGGCAAGAAAUUGAAGAUUCAUUUGAGACUGUCGGCUCAGACAGCAAGGCACUGCUAGCAGAACUUCAAAAAAAUCCUGUUAAUGUGGAAAAUCAGUUUCUGAAAAAUCCUCAAUUUUCUGAAGAAGCAGGAUCCCAUGUGAUGGACAUUUACUUGGAAGUUCACGAACAGCACAGACAAUUAGGAAUGUUAUGGGAAAAACGCAAGGCAAGACUAAAAGAAUAUUUACACUUGUGUAUGUUUGAUCAGGAUAGCUCCCAGGUUAUAAAGUGGAUUGAGGAUCAUGGAGAGACGUUUCUGUCCAAACACACAGGUGUUGGCAAGUCGCUUGUUAAAGCAGAGGCACUGCUAAAGAGACACGAGGAGUUUGAAAGCAUUGCGCAGAAUACCUACACAAAUGCGGCUAAACUGCUCGAAGCCGCCCGCCAUUUGGCGAGUACAGGCGAGUGUGACCCGAACGAGAUACAGAAGCGCGUCGACUACUUCGAACAGCGCGUCCAAGAGUUUAUCGGUCGGGUGAACAGACGGAAAACCUUGCUGAAAUUAGCUGUCAAUUUCUAUUCCCAGACACAAAAGCUCUCUGAAUUAGUGGAGCAGCUUAAAGCGCAGUUAGAACUCGAAGAAGUGUCCGACAAUCCGGACAACAUUGCCACUGUGUUAACGAACUUAAAGCACCAGGGGGAAGCGACUUUGGAUUCGAUCCAUACGGCCAUUGAUGAAGGAGAAACGAUCAUCGAAGAACUUAAACUUGCCAGCUCUGAUGGUUUGGACUCGAAUUCGCUUCAACAUGUGGAGAAGGUUAUCAAAGAGCUUGACAGAGUACGGAGAGCCAUCGAACAUUCGUGGACGCGAAGGAGGCAGCAGUUAGAAUGCUGGUUACAGUUGCGGGAAUUUGAGAGAUCUGCAAAACUGCUUAAAGAUCGUCUGGAAAUUUGUGAUGAGCACUUGGAAAAAGGAAGUGUCGCCCUGGAUUUACCUCGAGCUAAACAAUCGCUCGCCCAUCUUGAAGAGCAAAUGAAAGACAUUGAAAAUGCCGCCUCGAGAACGUUUUGUCGCGGCGAGGAACUUAUAGAUUAUUUAAAACAAUCUGAGAUAGAACUGCGCGUGAAGGAUCCGUUAACGUUAGAAAACAUGGAUGCUCAAUCGCACAUUUAUAAUUUACUAGAAGUUUUACACCGUAAAAGGAGAGAUCUUCGGGAUUUGGCGGAGGAAAGGAAAAUUAAACUCGAACAGAAUUUGCUCCUACGACAAUUAGAGAGUGAUGCAAAACAGGUUGUCUGCCGGGUACGGAAUUGCGAGGCUAUACUCUACGCUAGUGCCGGGCUUGGAACAUCGCUCGUUGAAGCAGAGGCUCUUUUAAGAGAGCACGAGGAAUUCCAGAGAGCCAUUGAGAAAACAUGUCAAAGUGCGACUGAUGUUCGGCAGCGCGCCGAUAAAUUAAUAAAAGAUGGUCACUUCGAUCCUGAGGCCAUCCGGAACUGCGCGGGCAGUAUGAGCAGACGAUGGGAACAGCUCAUGAAUACGUCGGAGGAACGAAGGAAGGUUGUCACUGCCUCUUACAGCUUUUUCAAGUCUGCUGAUCAGGUGUCGUUUUUAAUGGACCGCCUCAUUCGCGAUUACAAACUAGAAGAGGGAGAUCCAUGUAGUAAACUAAUCGAAACCGAUUCGAUGAAACGCCUGGAAGCCAUGAAAGCCAUCGUGCAAAGCUAUGACGAAGACAAGGAUUCCAUCGCCACAGGCCUGCUGGACGUUAAGCGAAACGCUGACUUAUUUUUGUCUACGAUUGCGCCUUCAAGGAAUGACCGUCCCGAUGUCACUAUAGAGCGAGUUAAGGAAUUACAAGAACAACUUAGAGCGCAGGAACAGCAAGUGUUAGAAGUUUGGCACGUUAGACGGACGUUAGCGGAUUAUUGUUUGCAAUUUCUUGAGCUGGAACAGUGCGCUAAAGAGGCACUGGAUUGGAUUCACGAAAAUGGCGAGUGUUAUUUGUCCACUCGGACGGGUGAAGGUGACACAGACGCUCAGACAAAAGAGCUUUUAGAUGAGCACCAAGAGUUCAGGGAGGCUUCAGAGGUAUAUGACUUGAAAAUCAGAGAGAGAGUCAAGUCCAUGUUGCACCAAGCAGAGACACUGAUAGCCAAAUCCUGUUACCAUAGUGAUGGCAUCAGGCAAUGGGCCACAGCCGUUGAGAAGAGAUACAAAGACUUUGCUCGACGGAUGAAAAAAUAUCGCGUGAAACUCGAGAACAAGCUAGGAUAUACUGCUUCGGAGCAUGAGGAUGAUGUGGAAUGGCCGAGCCUGCAGUCGCUACACACGCAAGGCCAACAACAACAGCAGGCGUUUGCUUUAAGGGAGACAUCAAAGGAUAGUGGUAUCCAUGAAAUGACCGAGGAAAAGAGACGCUCAGCAAAGCGUAAAGAAUUUAUAAUGAACGAAUUACUACAAACUGAAAGAACGUAUGUUGCAGAUUUGAAUUGCGUUAUAGAGAACUACAUCAGUGCCAUGUCUAACAACUCUGAAGUUCCACCAGGUCUUGCGGGAAAAGAAAGCAUCAUUUUUGGCAACAUCGAGGACAUCUACAAUUUUCAUAACAGCACUUUUCUACAAACUUUAGAGAAGUUUGAAACGAAUCCCGAGAACGUUGGAGAUGCGUUCCAAGAAUGGGGAGAAUCAUUUGUUGGCAUGUAUGUUGCCUAUUGCAAGAAUAAGCCUUUCUCAAACUCCCUUCUUAUCGAACACGGAGGGAGCUUUUUUGCGGAUCUACAAUUCAGCUAUGGCCACGGUCUCUCCAUCUCUGCAUAUCUUAUUAAACCUGUUCAAAGAAUCACCAAAUACCAGCUACUUUUGAAGGAUCUUCUUACGUGCUGUGAAGAGGGGUCCGAGAGUAGUCUGCAGGCUGGGUUGGAUGUGAUGCUAAGCGUGCCCAGACGAGCUAAUGACGCCAUGUACGUGAAUAUGUUGCAUGGAUACGACGAGAACAUUGAUUCAUUAGGAAAAGUCGUGUUACAGGAUUCUUUCACUGUCUUUGAUCCAAAGCAGCUAAGAAGGAAGGGAAAAGAACGCCAUAUUUUCCUCUUUGAACAAGCGCUCCUUUUCAGUAAGGAGACUAAAGAUGCAGAUGGAAAAAUCAAGUAUCUUUACAAAAACAAAAUGAAGAUUCAAUUGCAGGCGAGAUCUUUGGAGUGCAAGCAACUGUGGGUGAAAGAACUGAGGGAAGUUAUUCAGAACUUCCAGUUUGGUACCCUCAGAGAGAGAACCACCUCCAUGACGAGCUCGACCAGUUCUGUGACAACUACUGCCUCGAUGAAGAGCCGUGAGGAGAAAGCUGCUGACCGGGAAAGUGGAGUUAUAGAAGAUGAUACUAUCUCGGGAGACUUCGACAACUUGCCAGAAGGAAAGUUUGCAAGUGUUAUUCCGGUCGCCAUUUUGAAUCAGCGAUUGUUUAAGAUCAUGAAUAGUGCGCGAAAUGGACGGACCAAACGCGGAUCUACAACGUUACCGCUGUUAUUUGAGCGGCAGAUUUUGACACUGGACCCCAAGGUGUUAGAAUACAACGAUAAUGUGUGGUCGGUCACCGAGAACUACAAGGCUGGAAACGAUGAAGAGAUUUCACUGAAAAAAGGUCAGCUCGUCGAAGUCCUUGUAAAACCGCAUGGGAGCUCCCGCUGGCGAGUUCGCUUGCUGUUGAGCGAAGGAAUUCAUCCCUCCGAAGGAUGGGUUCCACACAAUGCGUUAAAGCGUUCAGACGACCGAGAUGCGAAGAAGAAACGGCAUUCGGACAUCUCCCAUUCUAGCAGCGAAGAUUCUGUCUCGCUGUCUUCGUCUGACAGUCCUACCACCUCUUGGUACCAGGGCCAACCCGCCAAUAAUAAUGGCGGCUCGCCCCCAGUCCGUCGACGGUCCAAAUCGGGCCCUCAGCUAUCUCUUCGAAAACGCUCGUGGAGUAAAAUCAAAAUGAGCAACAAGCCACCUACAGACCAGUCCCCAGGAACCCCAACACGGACAGGAAAGAAAGCCACAGGGGGCGGAUCUAAGAAGCUUCAACAACUGCUUGGGGCUAGUGAGAGUGACAUCGAUCUGCUUUUGGGGCGACCUGCAGAAAUUAUACAUACACCCAAGAGCAUUCCGGAAGAGCUGAGUGAUUCGCACAAUGGCGGUGAUCCUGAAGGAACAGCAUAUCUGCCCGUUCAACCUUCCACAAGCGAAGGAGAACUAAAAUUACAUCUAACCGAUGACGAGGAAGAAGAAGAUGACUUAGAGGAUGACAUUGACAAUGAUGACGAUAAAACACCGGAAGACGACGUUGCAGAAGCGGAAGAAGAACAAGAAGAACAAGAAGAAGAGACACAACUUCCGGCCGAGCACGAUGAUCCACAACAGGAAGAAGACGUAGACCAAGAAGAAAUUCAAGAGGAGGAGACUGAGGAACAAGGGGUCGAUAUUGUGCCAUCCACGCCAGCACCAGACCAUGAGGACCCUGAAGCUGUUGCCCUCAAGAAAAGGACAUUUGUCUUAAAGGAACUCAUUCAAACAGAAAAGGAUUACGUCAAAAGUCUGGGAGAAGUUGUAGAGGGUUUCAUCGUUGAACUUGCGAAGCCAGAGACACCCGAAGAACUGAAGGGAAAGACGAGAGUGUUAUUUGGCAACAUACAACAAAUUUACGAGUGGCACAAGAGCAAAUUCUUAAAAGAACUGGAGAAAUGCGAAGAUGCGCCCGAGAAGCUGGCCUCUUGCUUCCUGACAUCUGAACGGUACCUCAAGAAUUACAUCUUCUACUGUCAAAAUAAACCCAAGUCUAUGAAUCUUGUCCACGAGUUCCGUGAAACAUAUUUUGGGGAAGUCGUCGAGCGUCUUGGCUACCGACUUGGUAUCGAGGAUUACCUAAUUAAACCGGUUCAACGAAUCAUGAAGUACCAGCUCCUCCUCAAAGACUUUGUCAAAUACACAGGCAAAGCGGGACUGGACACUACAGAACUCAAGAAAGCUCUGGACAUGAUGUACGUUGUACCUAAGAAAGCCAAUGAUAUGAUGAACGUUGGAAUGCUGGAGGGAUACACGGGUAAGAUAACAGCUCAAGGAACAUUGAUCAUGCAGGACACACUAAUGGUGUCAGACCCGGAGACUCGCAAACCAUGUAAGCGGCAAGUGUUUUUGUUUGAGCAGCUCAUGAUCUUCAGUGAACCAUUUGAGAGGAAGCUGGAUUGGACAGUGUACAUUUACAGACACAGCAUCAAGGUGAAUCACAUGAAUUAUAUGGAAGGGGUGGGGGAUGAUCAGUUGUCGUUCGCUAUUUGGACCGGCUCAGACCCCGACGCGGAAAUCUUCACCAUGACUGCGAGCUCGGCCGAGAAGAAGAAGGACUGGUUACAAGCUCUGCAGAAGAUGCGCGAAUCUCAACGUGCUUUUGCUAUAGAAUCGCCUGAAGUGGGGCAAUUUUUAAACCAAGGACACAGAGCUUUAGAAAGACCAAUUGAAUAUCAGAAACAACAGGCCAACGGCAUUCCUCCCGCAUUGACUCCUGGGGGCCCCGUUACGACUCAGGGUCAGGUGACCCCAUCAAGCAGUACUACUCUACCGCUGACUACCUUCGCAACUCGCGGACACAGUCUAAGCCUUCCUAACGCUGGCUCGCUAAAGAAAGCGUCACAGAUACCAGUCCCUUCUAGUCAACCCAGUCGUCUUAAGCACAUGAAUCUCAUCGCUUUGGAAACUGCUCAAUCUCUGGAGGACCUGACGUCGCCUUUCUCAAAUACUUCGCGUAACAAAGAACGUUUCGUGGUACUGGAGGAUUUCAAGUCCAAAGAUAAAGAUCAUCUUUCUGUGAAGAAAGGAGAAGUUGUGUACUUGGUGUCGAACAAGAAACACGACAAGAACUGGCGGUAUGUUUGUAAUUUCACCGAAGACAAACUCGGACUUGUGCCCGCCAAGAUCUUAAGAAAAGAAGCCAACAACAACUUCGAAGAUUCAGAUACUCCGAUGUCUCCCAAGAAAACGGCCGGAACAUUUUCAAGGAAAAAGGUUUCAAGGCAUGAGAGUUUUACAAUGGCUAAAAAGAGUAAAGAGAAGAUUCUACCGUCUAUUACACGUCAUCGGAGCUUUAAUACGAGUGAUAAUAAAGAUAGACGGACACAAAAGAAACAGAAGGACUCUUAUUUGAAUGCCUUCUCCAACAAGAUAAAACAGAAUAUAGAUAAAUACCGAACAGAAUUGAGCACAGAAAAUGACAAUGAUACCGAAGACAUUCCUGUCACCUCAUCGAAUCAAAAAGGAAACUCCGAAAUCACUUUCAUCGAAGUUCUUCGUGACGUCACUGUUAAAAGCGGCCACCAUUUACGGCUUCAGUGCAAAUUAUCAUCGCUCCCCACCCACCCCCUCACGGUGACCUGGACUAAGAACCAGCAUGCCGUAGAAAAUUACGACAAUAUCAGGCUAGUUAACGACGGAGUCACGCAUGCGUUGGACAUCACGCCAACGGAGACUGCCGAUACAGGUCACUACAGGUGUUCUGUCAGGUGCGGGUCACGCCGCAUCACGUGCUCAGCUUACGUUGCCGUGUUAGGUGUUCCCGAACCUCCCUCGAAACCUUGCGUCAGAGAAAUGACCUCGUCAUCACUCGUGUUGCACUGGGAACCACCCAAGCUGGACGGAGGUAAACCAAUCACCGCGUACACGGUGGAGUAUAAGGAGACUGGGGUGAGUGUGUGGCAGGCGGCGGUACCAUUUGUGGCGGGAAACAGCACGUUAAUAGAUGAUCUUACGCCGGGCGCCACGUACCAGUUCCGAGUCAGUGCUAAUAGCGAGAUUGGUAUCAGUCGACCCAGUCCUAUCUCGGAUUCCAUAACACUGGACGUCGAAAGCGACGAUGAAAAAAAGAAGAAAAACAAGAGAAAAGUACGCUCCAACUCGCGAAGUGAUCCCAUUGUUUGGAAAAAAGAUAUUGAAGAUCAUUAUAACAUUUACGCCGAGCUUGGAAGGGGCCGUUUUUCUGUUGUCAAGAAAAGCGUAGAAAAAGCAACAGGGCAGGAAUACGCCGCUAAACUGAUCAAGAAACGAAUGGUCGGCAAAGAGGAAGUAGAAGACGAGAUUUAUCUCCUUCGAAGACUCAAACAUCCAAAUUUAAGCGGAUAUAUCGACGCUUUUGAUACGACAAAGAACUUUGUAGUAAUUAUUGAACUUCUUACUGGUGGUCGGUUAUUCGAUCAUCUGGUCGUUAUGGACAAUUUGACGGAGAAAGUUGCUAUAGGUCACGUGAGGGAAAUACUCGAAGGAGUUCAACAUCUUAGAGAUCUUUCAAUCGUGCACCUCGACUUGAAGCCGCAAAAUCUUCUCCUUGAUGGAGGGCCGUUACCUAAAGUAAAAAUUAUCGAUUUUGGUUGUGCAACGGAGAUAUCCGACUCAGAAUCUGUAGUUAAACAAGUGUUUGGAAACCCUGAGUGUUCAGCUCCAGAAUUAGUUAACAGACAACCCGUAGACUUCACAACGGAUGCAUGGAGCAUAGGAGUUAUAACAUACAUUAUACUGAGCGGAGUUUCACCGUUUCAUGAAGAAUCAGUGGAAGAAACGUGUCGUAACAUCACAGAGGUUAAAUACGAAUUCAAUCCGAAGCAUUUUGAACCAAUUUCUCAGCAAGGAAAGGAUUUCAUCUCCUCGUUGCUCGUUAAAAAUCCGAAAAAAAGAGCCGACUGUCAAAAUUGUUUGAAUUCUCAGUGGAUUAAGAUGAUUAGUCCCAGGCCCCCUAGCCCAGUCAGACAGGUUAAACUCAACACCUCACGAUUAGCGGCCUUCAACGCGAGGAGAAGAAAUCAGCACGACCUAACGCCCUUACCUAUGAGCAAAAACGUCAGGAACAGCACGACUGUAUAGCAUUUAGUUUCAAGAGUUUUUCUCACGGAUAGAAAGUUAGCCCUCUGUUUCGUCACCUUUGUAAAAACGUUAUCGAAGAAAUUGUGCACAUUUUCAAGUUGUACAGCUGUUAUAUAUUUUGAGCGAUCUUGUAUCUAAAAGAAAAGGUUAUUUUUUGAUGAAAAUUUAUGAAACCUUUUUAAAACAAUUUGUAAAGUGUAGAUUUGCUCCCAUUCGACUAGUAAGAGGUCGUUGGGGCUAGAAAUGCGUAAAAAAAGACAAAUUUAUUACUUUGUAUUAGAUAUCGGCAGCAUGGUGGAGAAAAGAUUCUCUAAAAUUGCUUUUUAAGGAGAACAAUUCUCGUUUUCGUGGACAACCACUUCUUUGUGAACGUUUCAGUUCGAUUUGCUUGUUUGAUUUCGUGCAACCUCGACAUGAAAGGUUGUCAUUCAGUUGCAGCCGCGUCGCGUGAUGGAUCGGUGCGUUGUGUAACAUUGAAUAUUUUUUAUUGGACAGUUGAGUAUGUAAAGAUGUCAUCAAUUUAUUUUCUGUUAUUCAACGCAAGUCCAAAAUUGCCAGUUUGUUUUCAGCGGUUUUAUCUUUUAGCUUUUGUAGUACUUCGCUGUUCCUCUUUUGUAAGUUUCCUUCACAAACCCCCAGAAAAAGAAGCAUGCGUUGGAUUAUUUUUGUGCUUAAUUCCCCUUCAUUACUAGCAAAGAUAUUAUUUCCAGCAUUUGCCAAAUUGCUGGCUUAUUUAUUAACUUAAAUGACGAAGUUAAUGACAGAAAUUAUGCAUAGCAUUCAGAAAUUGUUUGAGAAAUAAAACAUGAAGAAUUGA